AUGUUGGGUUUGGUGAAUUUACCUAGUGAAUGUGUUGAUUUCUACGCACAACCAAAGAAAACGCACAAUAGUUUUACAUUUUUUGGACAAUGCAAGAAUAAACCAACAGUUUCCUAUAGAAAUGAUGGACGUCGAAUUAUUGAUGGAAAACUAGAGAUGAAGAAAGAACCGCAUGAAAUGUGGAAUAAUUUGCUAAUUAAUUUACUUAUAAAAAGUAUUUCAACAAAACAUUCUGAUGAAAUCAAUGAAAAAAUGUAUGAACAACAAUUAAAUGAUUCAUCAAAAAUUUCAUCCAUAAAUAAUGAUACUACGAUGAAAUCAAUUCUUCCACAAAAUUCAAAAUCGACAGUGUUAACAACAAUGUUAAAUAUUAAUUCAAUAAAGUCGAACAAAAGAAAUAAAUAUGGCAAAUGA